GUGAACAACCAAGAAAACAACAUUGCUCCUACAUCAGCAUCCAGAUCACAGUGUAAAUUCCCAAGCCCCACCACAAAUGGGCAAGCUGAAGUUUGAUUCAAGCGUACGAAAACCUCUCAUCGCUGGCUUCUUCACCAAAUCACACUUAAGUCUCAUCUGUCGGCAACUCCAAUUCCCUACACCUCUCUCUCUCGCAAACACGCACUUCAGGUGUUUGUGUUUUUGACUCUGAGAAGAGGAAUUAAGCUCAACUCAAGUCAAUGAUGAGGUGAAGGAAGCGGGACUCGGAAGUUUCAGCACCAAAGCCACAGCUGUUGUGUUGGGCCAGUACGGGAGGGAGUUUCAUUGGUUUGGGGAGUAGGCUGAAAUGUUGGUUCAAGAUCGGAACUCUUCGCCUCCGGGAUCUCCCCGGGUGUCGAAAUUUAGCAGAGAUAAAGCAGCAUCAUUGCCCAGAACUCGCUUUGUGGAGACCAAGAAUCUUGAUUUCUCCGUGUGGGCUUCGGAGAAUCUAUACAAAAUUCUCACCAUUGUCCUCCUCGUUGCUACCGUUGCUGGCCUUUUUUACCUCCGCAACGCUGCUGGGGACGCUUCUACCCUGCUCUGCAUCCAGUCCGCCCAGACCCAAUCCAUUAAAUCCGAGUUGCCUAAAAUCAACUGGAAUAACAUCCCUGCAAUCCGAGAUAAGUCCUCCCCCUACGCGAAUUUCCGAUCCGAGAAGUGGAUCGUUGUCUCCGUGUCAGAUUACCCCUCCGAUUCGCUUGAGAAGCUUGCUAAGUUAAAAGGAUGGCAACUGUUGGCUGUCGGGAACUCAAAGACUCCCAAAGAUUGGAGCCUCAAAGGUACAAUUUACUUGUCUUUGGAAAUGCAAGCUCAAUUGGGGUUUAGAGUUGUGGAUUUUCUCCCUUAUGAUUCCUAUGUUAGAAAAACUGUGGGGUAUUUGUUUGCUAUACAGCAUGGUGCUAAAAAGAUAUUUGAUGUUGACGAUCGCACUGAUGUUGUUGAUAAUAAUAUUGGGAAACAUUUUGAUGUUGAAUUGGUUGGGGAGGCUGCAAGGCAGGAGGUCAUUUUGCAAUAUAGUCAUGAGAAUCCUAAUAGGACUGUUGUGAACCCGUAUAUACAUUUUGGACAAAGGUCAGUUUGGCCAAGAGGUUUGCCACUGGAGAAUGUUGGUGAGAUCGGGGAUGAGGAGUUCUACACUGAGAUUUUUGGUGGGAGACAGUUCAUUCAACAGGGAAUUUCAAAUGGUUUACCUGAUGUGGAUUCCGUUUUCUAUUUUACUAGGAAAUCAGGACUGGAACCAUUUGAUAUUAGGUUUGAUGACCAUGCCCCAAAAGUGGCACUACCGCAAGGUACAAUGGUUCCUGUUAACUCUUUCAAUACCAUUUUUCAUUCAUCAGCAUUUUGGGGUUUGAUGUUGCCAGUUUCUGUCAGUAGCAUGGCAUCUGAUGUGUUAAGAGGGUAUUGGGCACAGAGAAUCUUGUGGGAAAUUGGGGGGUAUGUUGUGGUAUAUCCACCCACAAUUUACCGAUAUGAUAGAAUUGCGGCAUACCCGUUUUCAGAAGAGAAAGAUCUUCAUGUGAAUGUGGGUCGGUUAAUUAAGUUCUUAGUAUUGUGGAGAUCAAAUAAACAUCAAUUGUUUGAGAAGAUUCUGGAGUUGAGUUAUGCAAUGGCUGAGGAAGGUUUUUGGACGGAGAGGGACUUGGAGUUGACUGCUGCUUGGCUUCAAGAUUUGCAUGCUAUUGGUUACCUACAGCCUCGUCUAAUGUCUCUUGAAUUGGAUCUGCCAAGGGCAAGUAUUGGCCAUGGUGAUAGGAAAGAAUUUGUUCCUCAAAAGUUGCCAUCUGUGCAUCUUGGAGUUGAGGAAAUUGGGACGGUGAAUUAUGAAAUUGGAAAUUUGAUUAAGUGGAGGAAGAAUUUUGGCAAUAUUGUGCUAAUUAUGUUCUGCAGUGGACCAGUUGAACGUACUGCUUUGGAAUGGAGAUUGUUAUAUGGCAGGGUAUUUAAGACAGUAAUUAUACUGUCUGAGCAGAAGAAUUCAGAUCUUGCUGUUGUAAAGGGUCAGCUGGAUUACAUUUAUAGGUUUCUGCCCAAGUUGUUUGAUAGAUACACUAGUGCAGAAGGCUUUCUGUUUCUUCAGGAUGACACUGUCCUUAACUAUUGGAACUUGAUGCAAGCAGACAAGUCUAAGCUCUGGAUCACUAAUGAGGUAUCGAAGUCUUGGACUUAUACUUCAAUUGCUGGUAGUUCUGAUUGGAUAUCAAAGCAAGCAGGUUUGGUAAAGAAAGUAGUGGACACAAUGCCAGUACACUUUCAAGUCAAUUACAAAGAAUCGGUGAAAAGUGACCAGAGCCUCACAUUAUGUGAAUCUGAGGUAUUCUAUGUUCCUCGGCCCUUUGUAACCGAUUUCAUUGAUCUCGUGAAUCUAGUAGGCGAACUCGACAUCCAUCACAAGGUUGCAAUACCCAUGUUCUUUAUGGCAAUGGACUCGUUGAAAAACUUUGACCCGGUGUUUAAUUCAAUGGUAUAUAAGGAGAAGCAACCUAAUAAUUCAACAUAUUAUUCUGCCGAAGCGCCUGCAGUUCACCCAUGGAAAGUAUCAAGUGAGCAAGAGUUCAUCAAACUGGUCAAGGCUAUGGCUGCGGGCGACCCCCUGCUAAUGGAGUUGGUGUAAUGGUAGAUGUGAAGGAAGGGUUGAUUAUAAUAUAAAACUUGAGGGAAUCAGAGAGUGAAGAUAGAAAAACUAAAAUGCAGAUAUCAAUUGCUCUGCAAUUCUUUGUAGAAUUAUUUUUGUAGGGGGAACUGCAGGUGUUGCUCUUGUAGAUUUCUGCAUUAUUGUUUUGUAAUAGAUUCAAUUUCAAUUGUACACAGUGAACUGUGAUAGAAUAUAUGAUUUUCACUGACUGUAAAUCUUCACAUUUACACAAAUGAGAAAUGAAAUUGCUGGUGCAAAUUCUUUUGAGGUUA